CAAAAUGUCCAUAAAUAGACUAACUACGAAGUUUGUAACAGGAAGUGUUAUUCAUUUGAGUUGUGUGUCGAGACAAGAAAUAAUCCUAUUUAGCGAAGAUCAAUCAAUUCUAUAUCAAGGAGAAACAGUCACAUCAAACAGAAAUGGAACGAUAAUUUUAGCGUUUUAGGAUAAAAUAUUAAAAGAUGGAAGAUUCAGAGAAAUACCUAAUGGUUGCUGCUUUAGACUUUGGUACUACGUACUCCGGCUAUGCAUUUUCAAUGAGGAGUGAUUUUUUAAAACAACCAUUAGAUAUACAGGCUAACCCAGUAUGGAAGGCGGGAAGUCAAAAAUUUAUGUCAUUAAAAACACCAACAUGUCUAUUAUUAGAUAGCAACCGAGAGUUUGUUGCCUUUGGGUUCGAUGCAGAGGAUCAGUGGACAGACUUGCUAUAUGAAGAAGAACACGAAGAAUAUUAUUUUUUUGAGCGCUUCAAAAUGAAUCUGCACAAUAACAAGAAUAUUACAAGUGAAAUGCUGCUAGAUGAUGUUACCGAGAAGAAACAGCUGCCAGCUUUUGAUGUGUUUAAAUUAUCAAUCCAAUAUUUAGUGAACCAUUUGUUAGAUGUUUUGAAAAAUCAAGGAAAUGUCGUAAGACACAACGAGGUUCGAUGGGUCCUUACAGUUCCUGCAAUAUGGACGGAUAGAGCUAAAAAGUUUAUGAGGUCUUGUGCUGAAGCGGCUGGUAUACCAAAAGACAACUUAUUUCUGGCACUUGAACCAGAGACUGCUUCAAUUUUCUGCCAAUACUUAUCCACUGAGAAGUUGAGGGGUUCUGAACCAGGAUUCACCAUGACAUCGGAAGGGACAGAGUAUAUGGUCGUUGAUCUAGGAGGCGGAACUGCAGACAUAACAGUUCACAAAAAAGUAGCAAAUGGUCGGCUGAAAGAAAAGCACAGAGCUAUUGGAAAUGAUUGUGGGGGAACAUCGAUUGAUAGAAGAUUCUUUGAGCUAUUUGAAGAAAUAUUCGGAAAUACAAUCAUAAAUUUACUGAAAAAAGAAUGUCCGCUUGCGUAUUUGGAUCUCGUUCGAGAAUUUGAAUCCCAGAAAAGAGCUGUUGAAACAUCAAAUAAAACCAAGGUAACCAUGUCAAUCCCAAUCGUUGCACUAGAUGAAAUGUGCCAAAAAAGUCUCCAAAAGAAUCUAAAGACUCUGCUUGAAAACUCACCAUAUUCAAAAGAAAUAAAGUUAACAAAAGGGGGUAAAAUUCGUAUAAGCGUUGAUUUCUUCAAAACGUUCUUUAUGCCUUCAAUUGAAGGUGUUAUAUCUCUAAUGAGAGAGAUUUUUCGAAAUAAGUCACUGAAGAACGUCGCACAUGUGUUAAUUGUCGGUGGAUUUUCAGAAUGCAAGCUAAUGCAAGAUGCAGUUCGAAAUGCGUUUCCGGAUCAGAGAAUAAUAAAUCCAAAUGAGGCUGGUCUGUCAGUGCUGAAAGGGGCCGUUCUGUUCGGUCAUAAGCCAGAUUAUAUACAAUCACGUGUCAUGCGAUGUAGUUAUGGUGUCAAAACGAAUCUUCCUUGGAAUGAAAAAAAGUAUGAUAGAAAACAUCACGUACUUAUGGACGGGGAAGAAAGAUGUGACAACAUUUUUUCUCUUAUUGUUGAGAAAAAUGAGAGUGUUGAAGCUGGAAUGAUAGUCAAAAAAUCUUUCUUUACACCUUACGAACACCAGGAGAAAAUGGACAUCAUGGUAUAUGUAUCCGAAGAGGCAACACCAGGUUAUGUCGACGAUGACACGUGUUAUUUGCUUUGUACACCGACAAUCACUUUUUCAGACACCUGCAAGGAUCGGCGUUGGGUAGACGUAGCAUUUGUUCUCGGAAAUACGGAAAUUGACCUCAAGGCUCAUGAUAGAAAUUCUGGGAAGGCGAUAUCAGCAAAGUUUAAUCUUAUUUAAUCAUAUCGCGAAUCACAGGACAAUCAAUAGUUUAAAAAAAAGACUUUGCGUUUGUGAUAUCAGCUACGAUGUAGAUUUUAUUGUGAAAUAUUAUUACCUCGUUGUUUAUCCUUAUAUUCAUAUUAGAACUAUAUCCUUUCAUUUCAAAGUUAAAUUCAGUUUCAUUCAUUUCAACAUAAUUGACAUGUUUCAAAAAGAUAUAUUCACGUAUGGUUUAUAAUCAUCGCAUUAUAUGUAAUAAUUCUUUAUACGUAUUGUAUCUAGAUUAAAUUUUAACUUACUAUAGAAAAAGAACAAUCAAAUUCCGAUCUAUCCGGGAUAAAAUAGUCAGUAUAGUUCUCGCAAAAUUGUUUCUAGUUUCCGACUCAUCUUUUGUUGGAUAUCAAAAUCCAAUCCAUUCUGGAUAGAAAUAUUCAGAAUAGUCUUCCCUUGAUUGUUUCCUGAGUACUGAGCCGUCUCUGACCGGCCAUUUAUUAUACGUCACUUCCCCUCCAGUUAACCAUCCAAUCCACCAACUGAAGCUACCAACAGUUGUUAUUGUAUGAUCAUAUAGUGAUAAGUUUGCGACCAUUACCUCCCAUUUCGGACCAUCAAUAUAUUCAACCUUGUUUGUCACUUAUUUGUCAUGUUA